AUGGCAGAGUUAGAAGCUAUUGAUAGUAGAGUGAAAACAUACCUGAUGGAUAUUGGAUAUGAUAAAUGGUCCCGAGCACAUUUCAAGGCAAAUAGAACCAUGACCAUGACAUCAAAUAUUGCAAAAUCAGUAAAUGCAUCAAACAAACAUGCAAGAGACCUCCAAGUUGUGAAUUUGCUUGACUUUAUGACAAUAUUGAUUCAGAAAUGGAAUUACACCAAUUGGAAAAUUGUCGUGAAAUCAUUUAUGAAGACCGGUGUAAAGUAUGAAAACAUAUUGGCAGAUAAUACUAUCUUAUCACAGAUAAUGAUGCUAGACGAUAUUCCAUGUCUACAUGCAGUGGCAGUUAUACCAAAAUUUCAUAUGUAUUCAUACAAGUAUUGCUCAGAUUACUACAUCAUAUACUACUUGCUGAAAACAUAUGAGAUACUAGUAAAUCCUUUGCCUGAUGAAGCAACGUGGCAAAUUUCAGAACAUGUUUUUUUGCAGGUGGUACUGCCACCAAAAGGAAAAUUCAAACCAGGAAGACCUAAAAAAAAGAGAGGCAUAGGAGGCUGGGAAGGAAAUACAGUUACAUGUGCACUAUGCGGGAAAAAAGGACACAACCGGAGAACGUGCCAAAAUAUUCCAAAGAGAGAUUGA